GAAUGCUGACUCAAUAAUUUGAUUAUAAUACUGGAAAAGUUAUUAACACCACUUAUUCAGUAGACACGGCUAAGUUCUCAAGAUUCGAAUUUCAAUCGGGAUUAAUCAACGGAAAAGGGAGACACUGGGUUGAUGCAUCUACAAUCAACGGAAGCCCACUUCCGCGAUUUCAAAUUAGAUCCGGGAUAACUUAUCGUUUCCGAAUCAUUGGCGCGAUGACCCUUUAUCCGAUGAGAGUGUCAAUCGAAGGGCAAACAUUUACUGUUAGAGGAUCGGACGCGUUCGACAUCGAACGAACAACUGUGCAGUCGUUAGUUAUACACCCCGGUGAGAGAUAUGAUUUCGUUUGGCACGGACCGUCCAAUACGUCCCAAAAGCAGUAUAUGUUGGUUGCAGAGACUAUAGAGACACCGGAAAGUCUCAACAACAAUUAAUAUCACGCGGCUGAGGCCAUUCUUGAGAUGCUAGACGUUACUGGCCCGGUCAAUUUGAACCCUGCAAAGGCGGCCGCUCCAAAUUGCAAUAUAAUAAACUGCACUGUACUCAACUGCCCUUAUCAGUUCUAUCCAAGAGAUAGCAAAACCACUUGUCUAACAUUCAAUGACCUUUUGAAUAACGACCCGAUUCGGGAAACGGAUAAGAUUGUCGGAAACAAAGUCGAUAACGAGUACUUCUUUAACUUCGGAUUUCCUGGCCAAAAUGGUAACACUCCUGGCUCAGUAAAUGCUAGAGAAUUUAUAUUUCCUUCCGUCCCAAUGCUCACGCAGUCAGACGAGAUAAGCACACUUUGCGAUGAAGGAAAUGCAGGCGGGAAUGGAUGUGUGCAUGUUCGUAUACACAAAAAAUUCCUUCUGACAAACUCAUUGAGAUGGUUUUCACUAAAAUAGGAAACGGAUCGGGAUGGUCACACCCUAUUCAUCUGCACGGCCACUCGUUCUAUGUCAUUAAGAUGGGACUAGGAACGUACAACCCUGAUAAAGGUGACCUCAUUGCCCAAAAUCAAGACAUUAUUUGCACCGACGGCAGGAACUUCUGCAGGACAAUGAGAUGGAAAGAUGCGUCCUGGGAUAACGGAAAUGUCACUGGAAUGAAUGAGGAUCCGCCACAAAAAGACACAAUCGUGGUUCCAACUGGUUUUGUUUAUUUACAUUAUUUUUGUAGCUACGUGGUGGUGCGGUUUAUCUCCGACAAACCCGGUAUGUGGUUCCUACAUUGUCACAUCGACCUGCACAACACUAACGGCAUGGGGAUGGUGAUAGACAAAGGAGAUACAAAGCCAACUACACCGAUGGGGUUUCCUGUUUGUCGCAACUUCGAAUUUAAAGGUAGUGUUUUAAAAGAAAACAAUAACAUCAGUUGA